AUGGCGGCGGCGGCAGCGGCGACGGGGCCCGGGCCCGGCGAGCGGCAGCGGCGGGUGCAGGCGCUGAGCGCGGCACUGCGCUGCCGCCUCGGGCCCUACGAACCGCUGCUGGGCGCCGUGCAGGCCGCGCUGGUGUGGGAGCGGCCGGGCCGCAGCGCGCUGUGCUGGGUGGCGGUGCACGGCCUGUUCUGGUUCUUUGCUCUGACUUCCCUUCGUUUGCUGUUCCUGGUUGCAUUAACCCUCAUAGUAGUAGUGUGUCUAGACCAGUGGAAGCACAAAAUCUGGCCAGAAAUUGGUGUGGCAAGACCUGAUGAAUUAGACAAUGAGAGCUGGGGAUAUGUCCACCCUCGGCUGCUCGGAGUGCCAGAGCUCUGUCAUCAUUUGGCUGAAGGAUGGGUGACUGUGACCAACUUCUUAAGUAAUCUCUUCGUUUUCAAGAGGCAAAGUCCUGGCAAGGUGAGAAUGUACAUGUGCGGAGGAGUGUUCACUUUCCUGGCUGUCCUGGGCCGGUAUAUCCCUGGGCUCUUGCUCUCAUACUUGCUGUUGCUCCUGGUCCUGCUGUGGCCCCUGGCCGUGUACCACAGGCUGGGGCAGCGCGUGUACCUGCGGCUGGAGCCCGUGCUGCAGCGGCUGGACUUCAGCGUCCGCGGAUACAUGAUAGCCAGGCAGCGCGAGAGGCAAUUGCGUGCCCGGGCCCUUGGUCAGGAAGCCACGGACGAUGGGAGCGACAGCGAAGAGGAGCUGGCUGCAUUCUGCCCCAAGCUGGACGACUCCAUGGUCCCAAGGGAACUGACCAUCUCUGACUCUGAGCAUUCAGAUGCUGAGGUUUCCUAUACUGAAAAUGGGAUGUUUAACCUUUCAAGGGGACAGACACCCCUGACAGAGGGAUCAGAAGACCUGGAUGGUCACAGUGACCCAGAAGAAUCUUUUGCCAGAGAUCUCCCUGACUUUCCUUCCAUAAACCCAGAAGCAACCGGCAUAGAGGAUGAAGAUGACACCAGCAUUGGGAUCCCCAGCCUGGCAUACCGCCCACAAGGGACAGAGGAUUUGCAGCUCCCAUACGAGCAGGAGGAAUUUGGCACAUUGCCAUCGGUGCAGAACCUCACCAACAACAUCACUGGCUUUGUCACCAGGGGCAUGAUCCAGCUGGCACUGUCAGGAGCCACUCAGCCAGGCCCCUCACGCAGCACCAAUCCCCAGAGAGGGGCAAAGACUCACCUCAGAGCAGCCAGUUUGGACUUGGACACUGAUGCUGAAGGGGAUGACUGACUGCUGGAUCAGUCUGAGCUGAACCAGCUGGAUCCCACUGGCUCCCGGGGCCAGUAAACCAUCCUGUCACUUCCCUCUGGUUUUCUAUUGCGCAUCAUGGAGGGAAUCCUAGAAGGAAAGCCUUGCACAGUUCUCUCAAUCGUCUCCUGUGAGUCUGAGUGAUGUGACAGCCAGUCCUGGCUGGGUACACUCUGUGACUUGUGACUCUGUAGCCGCGCUUGGAUUUUAAAAUAAAGGACACUGGCAAUCCGUA